AUAAUCACAAAAGCGGCAUCGAGAAUUUUGUGAAAUAUUAAAUAAUAAUAUUAAAUAAUUAAAAAUAUCCCAUAGACACGACACAACAGAAAGAAAAGAACAGAGCAGAGGAGAGAGAAAAUCGAAAGCAUCGAUAUUUUCUGUAACGGAACGUUUUUGAGUUCGUUGAUAGCUGUGUAGAGCCGAAAACCGCCAUUCAUUUUCCAAAGAGACAGAGAGGUUACAACCUUGACGUCGUUAGUUUCUCCGCCUUAAUUUUCAUCUUCUUCUGUAGAAAUUAUCUAUAAACCUCUUUUUAAUAUUAAGCCUUUUGAGAGAAACAAACAACGCUUCGAUUGAAAAGCGCUUCGCGUAAACGGCGAUCGAGUAACUUAAAACGACAUUUGGAUCGGUGGUUCGAUCUGCUUUUUUGGGGAUUUUUUUGUCGUUUGUGGAAAACCUAGACGCGAAAAUGUGGUGGAUGAUGGGGGAAUCUGGAGGGAAUUACUGUUCCAAAAAGAGUGAUGAUUUGUGUAGCAAUGUUUGUGGUCAGGAAUCAAGUCAAGCUUCGAGUAUGUCAAGAAUCCGUUGCAUUUUGCGCGGUUUGGAUGUGAAAACGUAUAUAUUCCUGUUUGCUUUUGUUCCAAUGUGCAUCUUUGGAAUAUAUAUACAUGGACAGAAGAUCUCUUACUUUCUGCGGCCACUAUGGGAAAAACCACCCAAGUCUUUUAAUGUCAUCCCUCAUUACUAUAAUGACAAUGUUACCAUGGAGAAUCUCUGUAGACUUCAUGGCUGGGGAGUUCGUGAGUACCCAAGGCGUGUCUAUGAUGCUGUCUUGUUUAGUAAUGAGAUAGAAAUACUUACUUUGCGUUGGAAAGAACUGUAUCCCUAUAUAGCUGAAUUUGUGCUCCUUGAGUCAAACUCUACAUUUACUGGAUUGCCUAAGCCUCUGGUGUUCAACAGCAAUAGGGAGCAGUUCAAAUUUGUUGAGCCCCGGUUAACUUAUGGGACUAUUGGUGGGAGAUUUAAGAAAGGAGAAAACCCAUUUGUUGAGGAGGCAUAUCAACGUGUGGCAUUGGAUCAGCUCCUUAAGAUUGCCGGUAUUACAGAUGAUGACUUAUUGAUUAUGUCUGAUGUGGACGAGAUACCAAGUGCUCACACUAUUAACCUCUUGAGAUGGUGCGAUGAAGUACCUUCAGUCUUGCAUCUACAGCUGAAGAAUUAUCUUUAUUCUUUUGAGUUUCUUCUGGAUGAUAAGAGCUGGAGAGCUUCGAUUCACAGGUAUCAAUCUGGCAAGACAAGAUAUGCUCAUUACCGCCAGUCCGACAACAUGCUGGCAGAUGCUGGGUGGCAUUGCAGCUUUUGCUUCCGCCGGAUCAGUGAUUUCAUUUUUAAGAUGAAAGCUUACAGCCACUAUGAUAGAGUUAGAUUCUCUCACUAUUUAAAUCCCGGCAGAAUUCAGAAAGUAAUAUGCGAAGGGGCUGAUCUAUUCGAUAUGCUGCCGGAGGAGUACACCUUCAAGGAAAUUAUUGGUAAAAUGGGUCCAAUACCCCAUUCAUAUUCUGCAGUUCACUUGCCUGCUUUCCUUCUGGAAAAUGCAGAGAAGUACAAAUUUCUCUUGCCUGGGAAUUGCAUGAGAGAGAGAUGAUAUGAGAAAAUCCUUCAAUGGUCUAUGCUUAUUGCUAAGGUUGUAGCUUGUGCAUCCAGAUGAAGUGGUUCUUGGGAGGGUCUAGCUGAGGUUGUGAUAAUUGGUGUGUCUACUACUAUCCAGUGAGAUAUUCUUUGGGAAUUCAUUGAGUUCUUGAGACAAAUUCUUUGAUCAUCUAGGGGGGGAAAUCUGUAUAUAAUUUAGAGUUGAACUUCAUUCAAGGGGGAGCGGCAUCUAUCUAUUCUAACCAGCGAUUGAAAGUGCAGCCUGCCUUUGUGAACUUCUGUGUUUAUUUGGUAUCAGUAUGGCUGAUCCCCAGAUAUACAGUAGAGUAGAUUAAAAUUAAAAUGCCCCAUCUUUUUUCCUGUUUGGAAAGUUUUGUUUUGCAGACCCAUUAUUAUUCUUAUUAUUCUUUGUCUAUGAUAAAUAUGUCUAAUUUGGUUGCUUGGUCCA